UGAAAAGUAAAUGCAGGCGAAAAUUGCUCCCCUCCAUGAUCCUAUAAUUAGAAUGUCUUAAAACACACACAUAUUCACAUUUCUCUUUUGUUUGUUGCACGUUUCAAUCAUAAUCUUUUCUUUUUUUAUUUCCUUUUCAACCAAAAUUCUAUGGUUUCUCUGAAUCUGCAUUGACAAAAAUGUUGCAGAGAGCUGCAAGUAAUGCUUAUUCAUGGUGGUGGGCUAGCCAUAUCAGAACUAAGCAAUCUAAAUGGCUCGAACAAAAUCUUCAAGAUAUGGAAGAGAAAGUUCAAACUACGCUCAAACUUAUAGAAGAAGAUGGAGAUUCUUUUGCAAAGAGAGCAGAAAUGUACUACAAGAAAAGGCCAGAGCUGAUACAUUUUGUGGAAGAAUCUUACAGAGCUUACAGGGCAUUAGCGGAACGAUACGAUCACAUUUCGACAGAGCUGCAAAAUGCUAAUCACACCAUUGCUUCUGUUUUUCCAGAACAAGUUCAGUUCGCGAUGGAAGAUGAUGAAGAUGAAUCAUCUUCUUCAGGCCCUAAGAAAGUUGUUCCUUCUGAAGCUUCGAAAGCGAAUAUUCCAAAAGUCCCCAAAAUUACGAAAGCUUUGAGGAAUAUCUUCUCAUCGGAUUCGAGGAAAUUGCAAUCGAAGAAGCCAAUGAUAUCGAAGAAUCAGAGUACGGUUUCCAAGUCUGGUUUGAGUAAACCUGACGGGCUUCAGGAAAUUGACAGGCUUCAGAAACAAAUUCUUUCGUUGCAAACGGAGAAAGAGUUUGUGAAGAGUUCUUAUGAAGGUGGAGUAGCUAAGUAUUGGGAAAUCGAAGAGACAAUCACGGAAAUGCAGGAGAAAGUUUGUAAUUUGCAGGAUGAAUUUGGUGCAGGCACCGUCAUUGAAGAUGACGAGGCUCGGACAUUGAUGGCAUCCGCGGCUUUAAAAUCAUGUCAGGACACACUGACUCAGUUACAUGAGAAACAAGAAAAGUCUGCAGAAGAAGCAAUGGUCGAAAACAGAAGGAUCAAUGAUGCUCGAGCCAAGCUGAAGUCUCUCAAAGACGGUUAUUUGCAUGGCGGGGUCAUUCAGGAAGAUGCCAAGGCGAAAGAUUGUGAAGUCAAUCAGGAAGAUGCCAAGGCAAAAAAUGAUGAGGUCAAUCAAGAAUUGGAAGUGUUACGAGUGAAGAUUAGCGAACAUUUUGAUGUUGGAUCGACUGAAUCUCUCAGUGUAUCAGAACUGGCAGAGAAAAUUGAUGAGGUUGUGAAUAAGGUGAUAAGUUUAGAGGCUGCAGUUUCUUCGCAAACGGGUCUUAUACGGAGACUGAGAAUGGAAACAGAUGAGCUUCAAGCACAAAUCGGAACACUGGAGGAGGAUAAAGCAACAUUGAUCAGUGGGAAAAAUGAUUUAGGAGAUAAGCUGAAGGAAAUGGAGGAAAAAUUAUCUGGACUUGAAGAAUUAAACCAAAAUGUUGAACAUCAGAAUCAGAACCUUCAAACUCAUUUUACUGAAGCACAUUCUAAUCUUGAUCAUCUCUCUGAGAAACUGCAUAAUGUUAAGCCCGAUGAGGAGAUUCAGACCACAGUGCAAUCAGAUUGGGGAUCUUUGGUUGAAAUUGGAUCGCGGAGUGAGGUCAGCAAACAAGAAGGCUCGCUCGGAAAAACUAAUGAAGGAAUAGACAAACUUUCUAAAUUGGAUUCUCAGGAAGAGGUCAAAGAACAAGAAACUGUUGCAGAACCCCGGAAUGCAAUAGAAUCUGUUGCAGAACCCGGGAACGCGAAGGAAUCUCUUGCUGAACCCCAUGAGGCCGAGUUGAAAGUUAAAGAAGAACAAAUGAUCAAUCCUGAUGAGGUUCAGGUUUCAGGCAUUUCACACAAAGAACAGACAAGUGCACCGGAUUCUGACAAAAGUUUCGAUGAACAACAGAAGCCGAAGCAGCAAGGGCAGGUCGAAAAGGCUAAUGAUGAUAUAUCAGAAGAGGAAAAGAUAAAAGAUUCUGACAACUCUACGGUGAAAUCUGAUGAUACCAUAACGAAGGAAAAUCCCGACGAUAAGCAAGUUUCUCCAAAGACUACAGAUUCUGUUGAAACACAGACACACCAAGAUGAUGAGCCAGACUGGAAACAUUUGUUCACGAACGGAAUGGGAAAUCGAGAAAAGUUUCUACUCGAUGAGUACACUACAGCUCUUCGAAACUACAAGGAUGCGAAGAAGAAGCUUGGUGAAACUGAUAGCCACAAAAAUGGAGACGGCCUAUUCGAUAUAACACUACAAUUAAGAGAGCUGAAGUGUACUAAUGCAAAGAAAGACGAACAGAUUAAACUCUUACGACAGAAGCUGAGUCUUCUCCAAACAAGCUUCGGAGAAGACGAUGAAUCUGACAAAUCUAUCCUGACAGAUUCCUCAAUAUUCGACAGAGAAGCAAUUCUGUUUGAGCAAUCAGAAAUUUCAGCAAUGGAAGAAAAAUUCCGAAGCAGCAUCGAUGAAGUACUAGAAGAGAAUCUAGAUUUCUGGUUAAGAUUCAGUUCAACAUUCCAUCAGAUUCAGAAAUUCGAAAACGAAAUCAAAGACUUACAAUUAGAACUCGUGAAACUCGAAGAGAAGAAAAAGAAGCAGGAUAGUAGUAGCAGUACUAACCAUAAAUAUUCUCUGAAAUCGGACGCCAAGCCAUUGUACAAGCAUCUCCGAGAGAUCUACACAGAAUUGGGAGUCUGGUUAGAGAAAAGCGCGCAGCUAAAAGACGAACUGAAGAGCCGAUUCUCAUCGCUAUGCGAAAUUCAGGAAGAAAUAACCGCAGCAUUGAAAGAAAGUGCAGAAGAUGAUGAUUUCACAUUUACAAGCUAUCAGGCUGCAAAAUUCCAAGGUGAGAUUCUGAAUAUGAAACAGGAGAAUAAUAAAGUUGCAGAUGAAUUACAGGCUGGUUUGGAUCAUGUAACCACUCUUCAGCUCGAACUCGAAAAAACUCUGGCGAAAUUGAAUGACGAAUUUAAGCUGUCAGGAUCGAAGAAUCAACAGAAUGGUGAUCUGCAACGAAUAGAGAGCCGAUCUCGGGUUCCAUUACGAUCUUUCAUCUUCGGGAUUAAACCGAGAAGGCAAAAGCAGUCGCUUUUCGCCUGUGUUCAUCCUGUUCUGCAGAGGAAAUAUAAUGGUUUUAAAUCAGGAGCGAAUUUGUAAUCUGGUUUCUGUUUGUUAGUUAUUUGAUUCUUGAAUUUGAUUUAUUUAUUGUUCAACUUGUUUUAUUGUAUUUUAAGAAGUUGAAGUUUCAAAUUGAUUUUGACA